GACAACUGGACGGGGUCUGUUUUGACCAGCUGCUGAGUAUGAUGGGAACUGGGGAUCCUAACCAAGUGCAUGGAGUUAUGAAGGUUCUCUCUGAACUGGCUAGUGACAUUACUGACAGUCAGGUGUACACAGUGGCCCCAGUCCUCUUCCCCCGGCUUAUCCAACUCUUCCAAACGGAGACGUUCGGGCCAGCUACACGUGCGCGCGUCCUCUCCAUAUUCGGAGUGUUUACCACUCUAAUAAUCAGCCACAUGGACACAGUGGACCACGCUGCUAAUGAGAACCUACUGUUCCCCAUACUGCCAGGUCUGGUGGACACCACUAUAUCCCUGAUAGGAGCUACUGUUUCUGUCAGACAGGAUUACAAACUACAGACUGAGUGUGUUAACUUCCUAUCUAAACUCGUACAAACUUUCCCUAAACAGAUGGGAGAUAAGGUAUCGAGUGCUCUCCCAGUGCUGUGGACCCUUCUCACCAAGAAUGCAGAGAAUCACAUCACUACAGUUGUAAACAACCCUGACUAUGUAGAGGACGAUGUGGAUAGUGACGGAUCUGAGAUGGGGUCGGGAGUCUGGUACAGGCUAUAUUCGAGUUUAUACAGGCUUUAACGGAACGUAAGAAAUACAAGGCUA